AUGGAGCUCAACGCAUUUGAGAAACAACAAUCAAAGUUGAGCGAAUUCCACCUGAAAUCCCCACCAUUCACGUUGACGGUGAACGGUUCUACCACAUACCAGUCAAGUCUCAGCUCUCACAGCAGUUUCAUUUGUGAUAAAAUGUCUGGAGGGACGGUUUCCAGGAACCGCAACAGCCAUGCAACUAACACGGACUGUGACCUGUCUGCAUCCAGUGAUAUGCAUACUAUGUGGCCUCAGAGUAUGACCACAGCCUAUAUGAACAGUCCGUCGGAAAUAGAAAGCUGUGACCAUUGGUACCAAGACGAACGUGUACAUUUUGUGCAGGUAACAGGAUUUCCCAUAACCGAACAGUCCUAUCAUGGGGAUUUUCUCAGUGUGGAGACGAGACUUCGUGAUAUACCUUCGGACAACACAUCCCAGUAUUCGGUGAAUAAUUAUUUGCUUCCCACAUAUGCCGAAUGCCCCGGAUGUUCACCCGUUUCCGCAUCCAUCCAUCCAUCCAGUCAAUGUUGUUCGGAUUAUGAAUGUUCCCAAGGCGUAUGUCCCUUAACUUACACAACUGGCUGUACAAAUCAGGGUUUGUGUUACCUUCCGCGUUUACCGACCCGGACAAGCAGUCGGACGUCCUCUAUCGACCUGGAAGAACUCUCCAAAUUCCCAUCUCCGAUCAGACAGUACCCACGAUCUGGCACACGGCGAUUCAAGUCGGCUUGUGCUCUAAAAAUAGAGAAACAGCACACCCACAAAUGUUUCCUCUGCUCACGUGUCUACACGCGUCCAAGUACCUUGAAAACACAUCUGCGUACCCACGCUGGUUUACGUCCAUAUAGAUGUAUGUGUUGUGCUAAGCGCUUUUCUCAGUUGGCAAAUCUGACGGCACAUGUGAGAACCCAUUCAGGUGAACGACCAUUCCACUGCCCCGUCUGUCAAAAACGCUUUUCACAGAGCUCAUCCGUCACAACACAUCUGCGAACGCACUCGGGCGAACGUCCCUACGCAUGUAACUUUUGUUCAAAGGCAUUCGCCGACAGCUCUACUCUAACAAAACACAUCCGAGUCCAUUCGGGGGAGAAGCCCUACCGGUGCGAACAGUGCAAAAUGGGAUUUUCACAGUCUGGUAAUUUGAAGCGACACGUGAGGGUUCACAUUAAUAGAGGUGAUUUCUCUUUUGACGGUUUUCAUCGAAACUAG